AACAACUGCCUACAAAGGAGAGCACAGAAACGUCUGACAAGCCUUUUGGUUCUCUCUGCUUGCUCGGAACGGACUGGACUUAUAAGACAGUUGAACUCAGAUUCCCCAUACUCUAACCGCUGUGUGAACAUAGGCACCUCGGAGCAUGGGGGAAGGGUGGGAGUUAAGGACCCCAGUUCUACACCCGAGGGCCAGAUGAGGGGGUCUUAUCCCAGUCUGCUUCGGGGCCGGCGCUUCUACUGUCGGGAAUGGGCCCUGGAGAAAAUCCAGCGAUGCCUGGAGGCCAGGGGGGUCACCGGUGGGUCAGAGGGCCGUGGGCGCUCCCCAACAGCGGGGGUCCUGGUGACGGGCGGCCCGGGUACGGGCAAGACGGCCCUCUGCAGCGAACUGGUGUGGCCCCAGUCUGAGGCGGGCAGAGCGACCGGGUUAGCCGAGCGGUGCCUGGCAUGGCACUACUGCCAAAGGGGAGACGCAGGGAGCUUAGAGGUUUGGAGGUUUGUUCUGGGGCUGGUAGACCAGCUCAGGGCCAGUCCGCUGCUGGGGCCAGGGUAUGGGCAUGCGCUGGACACCCCUGGCGUGGCAGACUGCCUGGAGCCGCUCUCCUGCCAGCGGGAUCCGGAUGGUACUUUUAAGAGGGCGGUGUGUGAACCCUUGUUGAGUUUGCCCCCUCCGGCUCACAGUGUGUUUGUGGUCGUGGACUCUCUGGACUCUGGCUGUGGCACGCUUGGGGAGGGGGUGGGCACUGGAACUGUGGCCACCCAGAGCACCUCAAUAGCAGAACUCCUCAUCAGACACCUCCCACUCCUGCCUUCCUGGAUCCUGAUCAUCUGUUCUGCACGGCGCCAGAACAAAACUGUCUGCAAGAUGUUCUCAGGUUUUCGAAAGUUGUGUUUGGAUGAUCUGAGGAAGCCUGCUGCUACACGGGAUGUCCAGCAGUAUAUCCUGCGGCGGCUGGACCAGGAGGGGGCGCUGCGACGUCAACUGACACCCGAAACAGCCGAUAUGCUCAACCUUCUGCACAUCAAGAGUAGUGGCUGCUUCCUGUUCCUUGAACGGGUGCUGGAUGGUGUUUCACGAGGCCUUGUAGGACUUCGAGAGAUCCGGGACAUUCCAGGCACACUAAACGGCCUCUACCUCUGGCUUUGCCAGAGGCUGUUUCCACGUAGGCUCUUUGUUCAUGUAAGGCCUUUGCUCAACAUCUUGCUGGCCUCCCCGCGUCCCCUCACCACUGAGCAGCUAUAUGUAGCUGCUUGGAGCCGGGACAUGUGCCUCAGCCGUGGGGACUUCCAGACACAAAUGGGGGCCCUUGCCUCACUCCUGGUAGAUGGGCCUGCGGACAGUAAACUCCUGUUUCAUGGCAGCUUUGCGGAGUGGCUGACGGAUAUAAAGUACUGCACACAAAAGUUCCUGUGUAAUGUAAGGGAUGGACACCUCUCACUUGCCAUGUCCCUUUCGCUGCAGACUUCCAGCCUAAGCACAGAGGAGAUCUGUCGAUUGGGCCAUCAUCUGCUUAGCAGUGGGAUCCACUCAGGGGACUCUUCACUGUUGGCACUGUGGAUGCUGUGGAAUGGAAUACCAACACUUGGCAGUGGUCCUGAGGGAAGUACUUUUGGUCUUUCAGAACCCCAAGGGACUCCUGUUCUGGUCCAUCAAGAUGUGCUUCAGCUCCUUAUGAAGAGCGGGAUCUACCCUGCAACUUGUUCCCCUGACAACAGUCCAAGCAUUGGGGUACAUUGUGUGGGUGGAAGUGGGGGAAUAGUCAGACGAGCCUUGCAAAGGGAGGACUCUGUUAGGGCACUUCUGGACAGUGGAGUGAGCGUGAACCAGACAGAUCCUUCUGAUGGGCGCACUUUGCUGGCCACUGCAGCCCAUGCAGGGUCAGCAGAUGUUGCAGCAUUGCUAAUUUGCCGUGGCGCAGACCCCUUGAUUAGCGACAACCAGGGACAAACCGCCUUGACACUGGCUGCCAGGCAGGGACACGUGGGGAUGAUUCAGGUGCUACUGGAGUGGGUGCAAGAGCAAGGCAGUGAGACGCCGGCUGCUCGAGCUAUGCUGGAGCAUGCCGAUAAUGAGGGUUGGACUGCCCUGCGCUCAGCCGCAUGGGGCGGCCAUAAAGAGGCUGUGAAACUUCUCCUCGAUGCAGGGGCUGAGGUGGACGGCUGCGAUUCAGAUGGUCGGACAGCCCUUCGAGCGGCCGCCUGGGGUGGCCACGAAGAGAUCCUGCUGACCCUGUUGGAAAACGGUGCUGAGGUUGACCGCUCGGACCGUGAGGGGCGCACUCCGCUUAUUGCUGCUGCCUACAUGGGUCACAAGGAGGCAGUAGAAAUUCUCCUAGAUGCAGGUGCUGAAGUGGAUCUCUCAGAUGGGGAUGGAAGGACUGCUCUCUCAGUUGCAGCACUGUGUGUCCCCCCAGUCCCAGGAGGGAAGGGGUAUGGUGAGGUGGUAAGCCUGUUGCUGGAGCGUGGAGCUGACCCAGAGCACAGAGACAGAGAUGGAAUGACACCUCUGUUGUUAGCUGCCUAUGAAGGGCAUGAGGAAGUGGUAGAGUUACUCUUAGAAGCUGGGGCUGAUGUUGAUGAGAGUGCUGGACCAUACCCCUCUGCCGUUACACCACUUCUUGCGGCUGCGGCCAUGGGACAUGCAGGUACAGUUAACAAAGUGCUGUUCUGGGGAGCAGCAGUGGACGGAAUCGAUGGGGAGGGUCGAACAGCGCUCUGCCUGGCUGCAGCAAGAGGUUCUGUAGAAGUGGUUCGAGCCCUUUUAGACCGGGGCUUGGAUGAGAACCAUAAAGAUGACCUUGGCUGGACCCCGUUGCAUGCAGCUGCCUGUGAGGGACACCGAGCUGUUUGUGCUGCACUGACAGAACGAGGUAGCAUGGCCCGAGUGGGAGAGCUAGAUGUUGAGGGCCGGACUCCUCUCAUUCUGGCUGCACAGGAGGGGCACUGCAGCACAGUGAGGCUACUGCUGGAUCGCCGCUCACCCAUUGAUCAGCGUGGAUAUGAUGGACACUCUGCCCUUAGUGCAGCUGCUCUACAGGGGCACGGGGAGGUUAUGGAGCUUCUAAUGAGGAGAGGAGCUGAUACAGAUGUACGCGAUGCAGAGGGAAGACCUCUCCUCUAUCUGCUGGUGCUUGAGGGGCGUUUGGACAUGGCUACCCUCCUCAUUGAGAAAGGCGGUGUUCCGCUGGAGUCCCGUGACUCAGAGGGACGAACGGCACUGCAUGUUGCUUCUUGGCAGGGCAGCCUGGAUGGAAUCAGGCUGUUGCUUAAACAUGGUGCAGACCCAAAUGCACGGGAUUCAGAAGGGCGCCCACCACUGCACUCAGUGGCUUGGAAAGGUAAUGCAGCAGCUGGCCGUUUGCUGCUUGAGGCCCGUGGCAUACAAGUGGACUUAGCAUGCAAACAGCAGGGAGCAAGUGCACUCUGCAUUGCUGCUCAGGAAGGGCACUCUGAAAUAGUAGCUAUGCUUUUGGAAAAAGGUGCAAACCCAGACCAUGUGGACCGUUAUGGGCGGAGUCCAGUCAAGGUCGCAGGAAAGAGGAACCACUUCAAUGUCGUCCGCCUUUUGGAGAGUUAUGGGGCUAAACCAUAUCCAGGCCUCAUACCACCUUCACCAUGUAGGAACCCAGGUUCCUCCGCACAGUCAUCCACACUUAAGAACCAGGCUUCCAUUAGCUCAGGGGAGGGUGGUGGUGGUGUAGGAGUCUCCUCACCCUCAUCUACCUCUGUGUCAACCUCCUGUUCUCCAGCCUCUACGGCUGAGCGUUUCCACUCCAUGCCUGGUUCACAGACAUCCUCCUCCACUUGCCACUCUUUGGCCACAGUGCAGACAGUGCCAGCCGACAGCCUGAGCUUCACCCAACAAAUCCAACAGCAUUCACUGCCCCGCUGUCGCAGCCGACACUCCACCUUGCCUCCACCAGGCUCCACCAAUACAAGCCUCUAUGGGAGCACCACCAGAAACCAGCCCAGGGCUGACAUCAAAACCAGUCCUUCCUAUGCACAGAGCACAUCACUCAGAAUGCAGGACUCUGACUUCCCUCUGAAGGGGCUUGAGUCCAUGGCAGAUGGUGACUAUCUCCUGAAACCCAAGAACCCCCAUUUGAUUGAAGAUUAUGGAGGAGGGGGAGGUCGGUGGAACUCCCUCAUGGCAUCCCUAGGGUUGACACCUGGCCAGGAUGGUCCUACCAAACCCCAGAAAGGCAGAGAUAGCCCCCCACUGGGUUACCCUCACUUGGACUUUAAACCUCAUGCCCAGAGAGAUGUCUGGGAAGGACUUCAGAAAACACCACUGCCCCCAGCAUUCAACCUCUCAGCAAUCUCCCCACCUGGUGCCUUACCUGAUCAGUCUAUAGUCAGUAUGACAACCACAGACCCCCAGCUGAAUCUGAAACAGGCCAUUAAGUUGCAGUUUGAGGGACCAACUAGUGCAGCUCUUUACAAGCGGGAGACUCCACUCUGAGGUGGACCUGGAUGUUUAGGAGUUCAAGGGGUUGACGGUUGAGAGGAUAAGCACCGUGUGCGUGUGUGUGUG